CCUUGGGUGUCAUUCCUCAGGGGCUCUCAUUGGCUUGGAGCUUACCCAAGUAGGUUAGGCUGGCUGGCUGAGCCCCAGGGAUCCACCUGUCUCUGCUUCACCAGUGCACCUCCAUACCUGCCCUUUAAAACGUAUGUUCUGGGGGUUGGACUCUGGUCCUUAUGCUUUCAAGAAAGCACUUUACUGACCAAGCCAUCUCUCCAGUUCAGAAGUCACACUUUUACUUCUAUCCCCUUCAAAUAACCUGAAGAUUGCAGGGUCAGGAGCUCAGAUCCAUGCAGCCCCAAGCCCACACAGCACACUGCCUCCUUUUCCCUGAAGCACACAGACGUGGCUUAGUGCCCAGCAUGGUGACUGAUGCUCCGACUCACAGCCCCCUUCUCACCCUUUGCCAGCCCUGGCUUUCAGCCCUGCUCUGCUCUGAUUACCUCACCUCCCUCUCGCCCUCUGUAGGUGCCUGUGGAAGGCAGUACCUGGAACCCACAGGAACAAUUGACAUGCGAGGUCAAGGGCAGGUAGACUGUGUGGUGGCCAUUGGGCGGCCUCUGGGUGAAGUGGUGACCGUCCAAAUCCUCGAGAGCACCCUCAAGUGUAGUGCAGGGGAGCUGUUGCUGCUUUGGGGUAGGUUCACAUGGAGGAAGAUAUGCUGGAAGAUGUCUGGCAUGACUUUCAGCACCAAAACCAACACAUUGGUGGUGAGGCAGCAUCGUGUGCAGCCAGGACGGGGAGUGCUGCUACGGUAUUGGAGCCAACCUGCCCCAGGGACCUUCUACAGAGGUACGCCAGGCGCCUGGGACUCCCCAUAUUCUCACUGGGGAGCUGGGGAGCUAGGCCUAGGUUGCUGUGGGCAGGCAUGGCUUUAUGACAUCUUUUAUUAUUCAUCCAGUGGCAUCGAAGUAAAUGACGACAACGCAGACGAGUGUGGUGGACAUUUAUAUUCAGAGCUGGCUGCAGAAGGUGCCCGCCACCCUCUCUUGCACCUGGCAGAGACUCAAGGAAGGCGGAGGGGGUGA